ACAUACCCCCACGUACUUGCUGGGACCUUCCUCUGCGGAGGCUUUCGCCCCAGUCUCGUCUCCGUGUCUCGCCAGAGUGGUACCACUCAUGUUGUACUAUUCGCCUACUAAAGCGGAAGUUCUCGAGGCUGCUCGCUCUGCGAUCUCUAUCUUUGCAUCGUAUGGCCUGUCCUGCUGUCUGGUCGGCGGCGUAGGCUGCACUCUGUUCGGCAAUGAGCGCGAUCCCAAUGUGCUGUUCAUCGUAGCCCUCUGCCGUCCCAGUACUGAACAGUCAACAGGACGUGGACCUCGUUGUUAUGAGCUCGGCUCACGAUCAGGAGUCCCUGAAAAGGAUGCUAGCAGAUCGCGCGGGCUCUCGAUUCUACACCGUUCCCGGGCGUACGCCGGGCGCGACCUAUAAGGUAUAUGCCC